AUGAUUGACUAUGCUUUUAAACAAGAACUGGCCAGAUCUCGUGAAAAUGUCGACGACCUGUUCUACUACGAUGGGCAUAAAGUAGGUCGCGGCACAUAUGGGCAUGUGUUCAAAGCACAGCCCAAAGUUCCUUCAGCCAAAUAUCCGGCUAAGGAGUACGCUCUGAAACUCAUCGAGGGACAAGGAUUUUCAAUGUCGGCGUGCAGGGAGAUAGCUUUAUUGAGAGAAUUGAAGCAUCCCAAUCUUAUCUGCUUGCAGCGGGUUUUUCUCACUAAUGAGAAGAAGGUUUGGUUGUUACUCGACUAUGCUGAACAUGACCUCUGGCAUAUCAUCAACCCUAAGUUUCAUCGAUACUUAUCAGUGGAGGCGUCAGUGCCAUUACUUGUCAAAAACGGGAUACAUUAUCUCCACUCCAAUUGGGUCUUACACCGCGAUCUCAAACCUGCAAACAUACUGGUCAUGGGUGAUGCACCUGGUGUUCACCGUGGGAGAGUCAAAAUAGCUGAUAUGGGAUUUGCUCGCAUCUUUUACAAUCCAUUGAAGCCUUUAGCAGAGCUAGAUCCUGUGGUGGUUACGUUUUGGUAUCGAGCGCCCGAAUUAUUGCUCGGUGCCAAACAUUACACUAAGGCUAUCGAUGUUUGGGCUAUCGGAUGUAUAUUCGCUGAAUUGCUCACGGCAGAACCAGUAUUUUUCUGUAAGGAAGAGGAUAUAAAGGCUCAAAGUCCUUAUCAUUAUGAUCAGUUGAAAAGGAUUUUUACUGUCAUGGGUUACCCUCAAGAAAGUGAGUGGAACGAUUUCAAGAAAAUGCCCGAUUACCAUAAACUUCAAACCGACAUCAAAUCGUCGCAGACUGCCUUUCCGAACUGCAGUAUGACCCGGUAUAUGGAGAAGCAUAAAAUUGAGUCCGACUCUCCGCAAUUUAAACUACUGGUGAAGCUCUUAACUAUGGAUCCGAACAAGAGGAUAUCUUGCAAAGAUGCUAUGGAAGAGCCUUAUUUUAAGAUGGAUCCAAAACCGACUGAAGAUGUCUUCUAUAAGUUUGAAAUACCUUACCCGAAACGUGAAUCUUUGCCAGACGCAGAUAUCAAGAAAUCCCUUGCCAUGAACAUUGUGGACGAUCAAAAUCAGCAGGCCACCAAUCCUCAAGUCAAUCAAGCUAUGAAUCAACAACUCGACUCGGAACCUGUAAACAAAAGGCUUCGGAUGGGCGGUCAGCAGAUGAAUGCAAAUAGCCAACCGAUGUUUUCUGGAGGAGAGUUCCAUCAACCGAUGCAGCCGCAGCACAUAAUUCCUCAGUCAAUGGACAUGGGUGGAAUGAUGAAUCAGCAACAACAACAAUAUCAGCAGCAACCUAUUUUUGCGAGCCAGCCAAUGCCAGCUUCUAUGCCAGUAUCUGCCCAGCAACCCAUGAACAUGAUGCAAAAUAAUCAGCAGUUUCAGCACCAAAACAUGGGAAUGAUGCAUGGACAGCCCAUGAUGAUGAGACAGCAGAUGCCUCCCACUUAUCAGCAACAUCCUCAAGGAAUGGUUCAGCAGCCAGGAGGUAACGCCCCCCCCCCGAUAGAAAGUGCUUGUAUCUAG